UCACUGGCUCUAGUCCAGACGCUCUAGUGGAGCACGUGACUUUACUGGUUUGUGAUGGCUUCCUUCGCUUACUGUGACUACACGCUUUGAGAAAAACAUGGGCUUCUGCGUAUUCCUGCGUCAAACCGACGAGUGUCCUCUCAGUAAAACCCUUCAUAUUAGUGGAGGAAGAUACAGCGUGAUAAAGAAAAAAGGGAAAGGGGCUGAUCUGGAGAAGAAGCCGCGAUGUUUCUCUUUCAGUUACCCGAAGAUGUGCUCUUCCUCGUCUUGUCCUACCUGGAUCCCAGAUCGCUCUGCCGCCUCUCACAAGCGUGCAAGAGAAGCUACAUGUUCAUCUCCAGAGACGCUGUUUGGAGGAAAAUAGCUAAAGACAUUAUUAACACUGGCUUGACACGACAAGGAAUCGAUUUGUGUGUUUCUAUUCCUCUUAAGGACAGAGUGAGGGUGUCCCACAACUGGAUCCAUGGAGUCUGUCGUAAAGAAGUCCUUUUAAAAUGGAAAAUUAACUUGUUGCCGUGGAUACAGCUGGACUGUGAUGUGCUGUAUCUCUCUCAGGCAGCAAACAUCAGUGCGUACCAUCUGAGAGCUGAGGGGGGAACGUUACAGAACAGUCGAGUGGCCCUGUUCUCGGGACACCAAGAAGACGUGUGCAGAUUCACUCUGACAGACACACACCUUAUCAGUGCAGGAGGUGAUGGUAAAAUAAUUGUUCAUGACAGAGGAAGUGAUUACUCUGUGGGGUUUCAUGGUCACAAUCAGGAGGUGAACUGCAUUGACUGUAAAGGGGGUGUGAUUGUCAGUGGCUCCAGAGACAAGACUGCAAAGAUUUGGGCUCUGGCUCCUGAUCGAUUUGGACAGUGCUUACACACAAUCCCUACUUAUGACAGAGUGUGGUCAGUGGCCAUCAGUCCAUCUCUGUGCAACUUUGUGACAGGAACAGCCUGCUGUGAGAAUUUUGCUCCUCUUCGAAUCUGGGACACAGAAAGGUGUCACCUGGUGUCAUGUCUUGGUACAGAGUUCCGCCGUGGUGCAGGUGUGUUGGACAUCGUCUACGAGUCUCCCUUCCAGCUCCUCACCUGUGGAUACGACACUUUCAUCCGCUAUUGGGAUUUGCGCGUCUGCUCCAGGAAAUGUGUGAUGGAGUGGGAGGAGCCUCAUGACAGCAGUCUUUACUGUAUAAAGACAGACAAUAAUCACAUGAUUGCCAGUGGUUCAUCGUAUUACGGAGUAGUCCGCCUUUGGGACAAACGACAAACCCGCUGUUUACAGAUGUUCCAGCUGGCACCCACCACCAGCAGCCCAGUGUACAGCCUGUGCUUCAACACCACUCACCUGUACGCUGCCCUGGCCUCCGUCCUCUACUCCCUUGACUUCAGAUCUGCAGCAUCCCACUCCUGGAAAUAACCAUCUGUUAAUGUUGCUUGAGAUUUUAAGGCUCGUUCUAUAUCUCCUCCAAGCCAAUAGUGAUAUUCUUAGACCCUUAAAUGGGGAAGUUGCCAUGUUGCCUUUGGAUGAUCAGUGCAGCUAAUGAUACAGUUAUGGCCUUGUGACAGGCUCCUGGGAGCAAGCAGGGUUCACGACCUUCUGUGGCGCGAAUCUUAACGGACUUAACACAUUGCCAGCGACCUCUGAGAUGUCUGAAACAAACACCGUUCAGAGCUGCCAACAUCCACUGAGGGGAUGUAUGCUAAACCACAGCACAUAUGACAAUGGAUAUAUUGUAACUGAAAGUAUAUUUUUCCAACAAUGAGCCAAUUAAACGUGUUUUGUUUUGGUUUCUU